CGCGGCUGUCUUCUAGUUGUCUAUAUAUCACGCUCAAUUGCGCAAGAGAGAAUAGAUCUACCAUUUUCAUCUGUGAAGCGAGCCCGGCUCGGGAGAGUCCUCAUAUACGUCACGAGUCACACUUGUUACGCUCAUGAUGUCCGCCACCGCCUCCCGUUCAACCCGGCGCAAUCCCCUCGACAGCUUUGUCCUUGACCCUAGUCUAGACUCUGCAACUCUUGACAGCCUCGAUGAUCCCAACGUGGACCCGACGCUGGCCGACCAGUCGAGAUUGAGUGAUUUAGCUCAACACGUCGUCAAGAGUGGUACCGACGAUGCGGCGAGUCUACUUGCCUUCAGCACCGGCGACGAAGGACUGUUUGAACCGUCCGUCCAGCAUCAGGGAUUCAACGAGUUGAUGGAGGCUGCAGAAAGAACCCAUCAGGAGAUGGAGCAUGUGGAGCAGGAAGAGCAGGAGGAGCAGGAAGAGCAGGAAGAGCAAGAGCAGCAGAUGGACGUCCAAGAGGAAAUAGCGACGGAAGAUGAUGUCAGGCCGAGGCGGUUACCAGACGCACCGAGGGGGCGCAAAAGGAAAAGUCGAGAUGGUGGCGAGGAUGAUACGGCGGAGAGCACCAGGUUAAAGAAGGAUUCUCAUAAAGAGGUUGAGCGCAGGCGGAGGGAGAAUAUCAAUGAUGGCAUAAAUGAGAUAGCCAAGCAUGUUCCGGGAGGAGGAGAAAAGAUGGGCAAAGGCACGUUCUUACGUCGAGCGGCAGAGUACCUAGGAGAGCUCAGCGCGAGGGCGAACAUACAUGACGCUGAGAUGGCGAAGAAGGAAGAAGAGAGGUCAAAUGCUCAGGCCGACUUGGCUCAUGUUCAAGCUCAAUUGGCAGAAGAACAGGCGAGGGCGCUAAGACUGGAAAAGUCGUUCCAAGAGGCGGAUGAUAGAGCUGCACAGACUCAGUUCCAGCUCUCUAUCGCCAAGUCAGAGCUGGACCUGGUCAAGAAGCAGUUGGAGGAUGCACAGGCAGAGUUGAGCAGGCGGUAGCACACAUGUUGUAUUAGUAUCGUCCCGUCUGACGAGUCCUUUGAUCGUCAGUCUGUUUGAAUUCUCCAGGGCUGUAUCAAGCGUCUGUUCAGCCUCAUACUUGUACAUAUAUAGAUGUCUUCUUCAUGCAGUCUCUGGGUCAUAC